AUGUCACACAUACCGUGCUACACUCAAUGCGUUACCACUCGCAAAGAGCUAUGGAAGCCUAAAGUUGGCACUCCUUGGCAAAUCGUUCUUUCCGAGGUCAUCAAGAUCCCGAAAGGCGGCGCCAAGAAUCUGAAGCCAAACGUCCCCAUCUACGACGUGGACUUGUUUGAGAACUCAAAGGAGACUUUUGACGCUCUGCAUAAAGCGGGCAAGCAUGUCAUCUGUUACUUCAGCGCCGGAUCUUGGGAAAAUUGGCGCGAUGAUAGGAAGAGCUUCCAGAAGAAGGAUCUUGGCAAGACGUUGAGUGGAUGGCCGGACGAAAAGUAUGUCAACAUCAACAGCCCUUCAGUACGGGCCAUUAUGGCAAAGCGUAUCAAGUUGGCUGCCGAGAAGGGCUGUGAUGCCAUUGAUCCUGACAACUUGGAUGGCUACCAAGCGGAUAAUGGCCUGGGUCUAACCGAGGCUGACACAAUCUCAUAUGUCAAGUUCCUCUCCAAAGAAGCAGCCAAGUACCGUAUGACGACGGGCAUGAAGAACGGAGGGAGCAUUACAAAGCAGGUUCUCCCAUAUGUCGGUUUCUGCAUCAACGAGUCUUGCAUACAAUACUCAGAGUGCGACUUAUAUGCACCCUACAUCAAAGCAGGAAAACCCGUCUUCAAUAUUGAGUACCCGGCGGGUGCACCAAAAGUGAAGGCUGCCGACAAAAAAAGGAUCUGCUCAGUCACUGGUGCUGCUAACGGGUCGAAAGGGUUCAGCAAGGUUAUCAAGAAGAUGAAUCUGGACAGUUGGGUUAUGUAUUGCUAG